UCAUUAUACAAUGUACGAUGUCAAAGCUUUCUCACCCUAAUAUAAUACCCAGUCUUUAUCCACAUUCUCUUAAAUAACCCAGACAAGCUUUUCCUUCGUAUGAGGGAAAGUGAGAUGAGCAACAAUAUUGGAAUAGUUGAGAAGGCUCUUAGCAGCCUUGGAAGAGGAUUCGAUUUAACAAUGGAUUUUCGACUCAAGUACUGCAAAGGCAAGGAGAGGCUCAUUUUACUCGACGAAACCGAUAAGAGAGAGAUUGCCGUACCCGGUUUCGGUUCCAUCAAAGAUGUUCCCAUCGAUAUUAAAUGCGAUAAGGGCGAUCGAACUCGUUACCAGUCUGAUAUUCUAGAUUUCAAUCAGAUGGCGGAGUUUUUCAACAAAAAAUGCAGCAUACCAGGGAAAAUACCAUCGGGGAGAUUCAAUACAAUGUUUGGGUUUCAAAGCGGGUCAUGGGGGAAAGAUGCAGCCAAUACCAAAUGCUUGGGAAUCGAUGGAUAUUACAUUAUUUUGUUUAAUCUUCAUAUUCAUCGCUAUCCUCUCCUUCUCUCUCCUCAUGUUCUUAAUGAUCUUCCUUCUACCUGGGAUCCUUAUGCCUUAGCAAGAUUCAUUGAGAAAUACGGGACUCACGUCAUUGUGGGGCUAAGCAUUGGUGGCCAUGACGUGGUUUUGGUGAGGCAAGACAAGUCUUCCAAUUUGGAGCCUUCACUGCUCAAAAAACAUCUCUACGAUCUUGGUGAUCAACUGUUUACAGGCACCUGCAGAUUUGCCCCUAAAACCAAAGAUCAAAAGCAAAAGAUACCAGAGGCUUUCAAUAUCUUUGAUCAACAAUCUAUUGCCUUGGAUGGCUACCCUUUCAUCAAUACCAAAGAUGGAAUCACUGUUAUAGGUUCAAAGAGAGGAGGUGACCCAGAAGCUCGCAGCCAUUGUGAGUGGCUUCCAACAGUCGCAGGAAUGCCAGAUGCCAUUCAUUUUAAUUUCAUCCCAAUCACUUCUCUACUUAAAAAUGCCCCUGGCAAAGGUUUCUUAUCACAUGCCAUCAAUUUAUACCUUCGAUACAAGCCUCCGCUAGGUGAACUGCGAUACUUUCUUGACUUCCAAGCACAAAAGAUUUGGGCUCCCAUUCACAAUGACCUCCCUUUAGGUCCUUCAACAAAUAGGGCUUCUUCAUCACCAGCUCUUCACUUCAACUUAAUGGGUCCUAAGCUUUAUGUAAAUACCUCUCAGGUCACUGUAGGGAUGAGGCCAGUCACUGGGAUGCGCUUAUAUCUUGAGGGCAUGAAAUGCAAUAGGCUUGCUAUUCACCUUCAACAUCUAUCGACACUACCACAAACAUUCGAAAACAAAAUGGACGACACACAAUACUGGCAAGCAUCAGGCGAUAAAGCUGAUAUUCGAUUCUUCGAAGCCAUUCACCGCAAAAAUUUCUCCCACAUAUGCACGGCCCCCAUCAAAUAUAACCCAGAAUGGAGGACCGGCGGCAAAGAUGCUGCCUUCAUCGUCACCGGUGCUCAACUUCAUGUCAAAAAACAUGGUUCCAAGAGUGUUCUUCAUCUCAGACUAUUGUUUUCUAAGGUCUCGAAUUGUUUCUUAGUGCGGUCAAGUUGGGCACAAGCCGCCUCUGGGUAUUCCCAAAGGUCCUCUGGUUUACUUUCAGCCAUUAGCCAAUCUUUAACAGGCAACCCCGUUAAAGAAAAGGAGAUGGCGGCUGUUGUGGUGGACUCCUCCGUGUACCCUACCGGACCGCCGGUGCCGGUUCAAACACCAAAGCUAUUGAAGUUUGUGGAAACCUCGCAAUUGUGCAAAGGACCUGAAAAUAGUCCAGGGUAUUGGCUGGUUACGGGUGCCAGGCUACAAUUAGAGAAAGGUAAGAUAAGUCUGCAUGUAAAGUUUUCUUUGGCAAAUGUAAAUUAAUCUUCUUUUUUUAAUUAAAAAUAUAAAGUAAUCUAAGAAUUAUCAAUUGGGGUUAAAUUUGAUUUUCAGUUUUUCUAGUUUU